AGAAGACCACUAGAAGGAAAACACUCGUUGCUUUCAUACAGUGGUGAGGUCAAUGAGGAACUGAAACCAUUCGACCAGUCUCAUGCAUGUGAUACACCUAAUUAAUCUCCUAAACUUGACUUUUUCCCUCCCACUCGCCGACAAAGUUUCAGCUUUGAAUAAUACCAGUACAGGUAUCACUUAUCUCGUCACCUCGACUCCGCCUACCAGACCCUCCAUCAGAUACAGAACAACUCCACGUGUGGCACGCCCUGCCCAUAUCAUUAGUUUCCCUAGCCAACGCCAGAAGAAAACAUCUUCUCGGAUCUCAAGGACUGCCUGAGGUGACAUCAAAUUCGGGUUAUUGUGGAUAUCGCCUGCCUUAUCAGUGAUUGUCAUGC